UUGCUAAGCGGAGCUCCCAUUCUGUCUAAACUCCCAUUCUGUCCCAUUCUGUCUAAGGGCUAAUAGAGAGAGGGGACGUCUUUAUUUCGCCACUCUGUUUUUUUUUCUGGUCGUUUGAACUAUAUCCCAGAUCCCUGGGAGCAGGAGAGGAGUAAGAAGCAGACACUGUUUCACAACAAGCAACAGAGCAAAGAAGAGCGCAAGAGAGGGGACGUCACUGCACUUUGAACUUGUACAAUCUAGCAGGACCAGAGGAAGCUGUGCGUGACUUUAUCAUGAUCUAUUUAAAAUCUUUGUUGUAAAUAGUGAGCCUUUAGAUUCAGUGUGGUUGUUCCCUGGCUUGUCUGUCAUCUGGGUGGAUAUAAUAGUGCUGCCAAGCUAAUGAAACAAAAAAGUGCUAUUUAUAAAUGUUUUUGUGACUCAACCUUCUAUGGGGUUGAAUGACAACAUUUAAUUUCCAAGAUUUUCUGAAUAUCUGCUUGUGGCACAUACGUAUAAAAGUUCUUGACACCAAUUCGAGCUGCUGCUGCCUGUAAGAUUGAUUGAUAACACUUUCUACACACAGCCCAGAACUGGUCUGACUAGUUUGUAAGUAGGGUAAAGUAAGUCGGGCAGUUUGAAGGAGAGCAGUCCUUUUCUUUCUGGUCUUUUCCUUCGCUCCUCCCAGCUUGUCCAGGGAGAAAGUAGCGUGAUGUUAGGAGAGGAGAGAAAAAUGAAGAAGGGGGGUCCUAUUUUACCCCUCAUAGACCCUCCUCCUAGUGUGGCGGAAGUGACAGAGACAGAGAAAGAGCGAGCGAGAGCAUGAGCCUAUAAGUGUAAUUUAUUGUUUCCUGUGAAAGGGCAGGCUGCACCCUUUUCUCCCUCCUGAAAUCUGAACUGCUUAUUGUGUCAGAACUUUCAGGAGGAGCCAUUGUCUAGGGGUCACAGGAAAAACAGAGGAGUGAAGGAGAAGAACAAGAGAGUGAGAGGUCGGAGGACAGCACCGCGGUAGAAAAAUAGAGGAGUGAAAGGGAUCUCCGGGUCAUUUGACGGAGACAGAAGGGGAAAGAGGUCAAGAGAAGGAGUCUGGAACAUGUGCAGUUUCAGUUGUUUUGACUUUUCAUAACGCUGUCAGUUUUGCUUGGAAAAACCAAUACCUCUUUGUGUGUGUCAGCCGCGUCACUCAGAUAUGGCCAUGGUGAUCAGGGGAUGGGGCAACUCUAAUGGAGAGACCAACGGACUGGGGGGGGAGAAGGCUUACCUGCGUGGGGAUGAGGAGGAGGGCUCACCCCAGGCCGGGAGUGAUGUGGAGGAGGGAGACGAGGACAAGGCGUGCGUGGUGAACUGCGUGGUGUGUGGGGACAAAUCCAGUGGGAAGCACUACGGGGUGUUCACCUGCGAGGGCUGCAAGAGCUUCUUCAAGAGGAGCAUCAGAAGGAACCUCAACUACUCCUGCAGGUCGAAUCGAGAAUGCCAGAUAGACCAGCAUCACCGCAACCAGUGCCAAUACUGCCGGCUGAAGAAAUGCUUAAGUGUUGGCAUGCGCAAAGAAGCAGUCCAGCGUGGACGUAUCCCUCCAUCCCACCCAGGCAUCAGUCCCACUUCUCUGGUCGGCGGAGGUGGCGAUACCGGGCCAGUAGGGGGCGAAUUCUUCAACGGCCAGCCCAUGUCAGAGCUCAUCUCUCAGCUGCUCCACGCCGAGCCCUACCCCAGCAUCCGCUACGGACCCCAGUACGGCCAGCAGCAGAUGCAUGGUGCUGGAGGAGGCUCCGUCAUGGGCAUCGACAACAUCUGCGAGCUGGCGGCACGCCUCCUCUUCAGCACCAUCGAGUGGGCCAGGAACAUCCCCUUCUUCCCUGAACUGCCUGUCACUGAUCAGGUGUCUCUGUUGAGGCUGAGCUGGAGCGAGCUGUUCACCCUGAAUGCAGCCCAGUCAGCCCUGCCGCUACACAUGGCUCCUUUGCUGGCCGCGGCCGGCUUCCACUCACAGCCCAUGUCGGCAGAGAGGGUGGUGUCCUUCAUGGACCAGGUGAGGUUGUUCCAGGACCAGGUGGACAAGCUGACCCGGCUCCAAGUGGACUCAGUAGAGUACAGCUGCCUCAAGGCCAUCGCCCUCUUCUCUCCAGAUGCGUGUGGUUUGACAGACCCCGUCCAUGUGGAGUCUCUGCAGGAGAAGGCCCAGAUGGCUCUGAUGGAGUACGAGAGGAUGCAGUACCCGGGUCAGCCACAGCGCUUUGGACGUCUUCUCCUCCGCCUGCCUGCUCUCAGGGCCGUGCCCGCUAAUCUCAUCUCCCAGCUGUUCUUCAUGCGCCUGGUGGGCAAGAUGCCCAUCGAGACCCUCAUCAGGGACAUGCAGCUGUCCGGUAGCUCCAUCAGCUGGCCAUAUGUCCCUGGGCAGUGAGGAACAGAAGCCUAGGACACACAGGAUCCUGGAAGAGGAUCCUGGCUGGAACCUAGAACAAGAUGGAGAGGGAUUAUUAGCCAGUGAUGUCAUAAUUCUUAAACGUGCAAUAUGCAGAAAUCGCUCUGCCAUUUCCUGGUUGCUAAGAUUCUAAUAGUUUGCCUAAGUUCAGUUUAUGUGACAAAGAAAGCAGUGUAGAUAAUCAUUGUAUCACCUAAACCAGUAUGAAAAAUAUUUUCAAUAACAUUUUUUUGUUAUUUUCAGCUGUUUGAAGCUGGUAUACAAAACCGAAAGUAAAAGACGCAAAAACGAAACUUAAUUGGAAGCAUAGAAAUAUAACAUAAAUCGAAUGCUUCUUAGACUUGCUUUCAAUGAGAAUGACAGAUCUAUAACUAACAUUUCCAUGUGAAUCUGGUCACCCAAAAAGUUACAUAUUGCAGCUUUAAGGUCUAAUAAAGCCAUUUUUAUCUCAAUAUGAAAUCAUAUUUGGGUAACAAUUAAGUACCUUACUGUGAUUGUUUUCAAUUAAAAUAGUUAAAAAAAAUAUAUAUAUAUAUUCUUAGCCAAUAGCCAAUUCUCAAGAAAGAAUUUGCUAGGACUGUCUGGGAGUGGUCUGAGUGGGGAGGGAAAAACUGAAAACAAGCUGUUAUUGGCAGAGAGGAUUGGAACUCUUUCUUAUUGGUCUAUUGACUAAUUUACCACCGGGUGUUGACACCAUGCAGGCCAAAACUCCAUCCCAACAAAACAGGCUGAAAUUUCAGCCAAUCUUUUAAAACAGCUCUUACACUAAAAUGGCAUUAUCAUAAUUAUUUACAAUUUCACAGUAUUACUACAACCUCAUAGUAUGGAAAUAUAUAUAAAACACAGGAAAAUCACAUUUUUGACCACACUGGGCAUUAAAGGAUGUAGUAGACGAGUACUGUAUUGCUACUCACUCAGAGAGAGCCACAUGGAAAUACCAAUGAAUGGAACUGGAAUGAAACCAUUGGAACAAUUUAGGUGUUCCGUGUGUAUUCCAAGGAAGUCAUACAUUUGACUUGGUGUAUACUUCUUGAUCUGUAUUAUGACCUCAUUUUAGUCCUUCUCUACCUCAUUCUGGCCCCAGAACAGGGCUCUGAAAUGCAAACUGUAACUGAAGCCCGUGUGCCACUACUACCUCCAUCCACAUGACCCCCAACGUGACUCUGUCUGACCCCAGACUGUGUGACUCUCUGGCUGCUGUGUUAGGUCCCCUGGGUCUCAAAUGGGACCCUAUGUCCCAAAGCUACAGUGUAUAGGGCUCUGGACAAAAGUAGUGCACUGUUGGGGAAUAGGGUGCCAUUUGAGAUUCAGCCGUAAGGGUUUGUGACGCCACAGCCAUGGCUCAUACUUUCCUUGUAUGCUGUUGUCUCCUGAGCCCUCUAUUUAUGUACAUCUUUGGGUAUUGAUUUACAUGAAUGUUGAGCUUAUAGUUGGAAAUGUAAUGAUACAUUAUGCAUAUGUGGUUAUGUAAAUCUUUGAAUGUUAUGCAAAUGAAGGACUCUGGACAUCUCCAUAGUAUAUUUAGCGAGAUCAUAAAUGCUACAAUACAUGCUAUGGUGCCGAAAACUGGCAGAAACUGGCAGAGGUGAAUGUUCACUACCGUUCAAAAGUUUGGGGCCACUUAGAAAUGUCCAUGUUUUUGAAAGAAAAGCAACAUUUUUGUCCAUUAAAAUAACAUCAAAUUGAUCAGAAAUACAGUGUAGACAUUGUUAAUUUUGUAAAUUACGAUUGUAGCUGGAAACGGCUGAUUUUUAUUGGAAUAUCUACAUAGGCGUACAGAGACACAUUAUCAGCAACCAUCACUCCUGUGUCCCAAGCACGUAGUGUUAGCUAAUCCAAGUUUAUAAUUUUAAAAGGCUAAUUGAUCAUUAGAAAACCCUUUUGCAAUUAUGUUAGCAGAGCUGAACACUGCUGUUCUGAUUAAGAAGCAAUAAAACUGGCCUUUUUGGGGGGUGCAAUUUCAGAAUGUGGGAGGUCCCCGCGUCCCCAGUGAAAGUUGAGCCCCUGGUGGAAACAUCGUUGGUUCAACCAAGGUGUGCCAAGUGUGUUAAUAGUUGUGUAACUUUUGCUAUUGUUUUAACAUUGAGAGCACUUUGGUUGUAACAUUGCUCUCAGUAGCAUUUGAAUAUAUUUGAGUUUCUAAAUGGAAGUUGGAGACCUGUUUUUGUGUUUGAAUAGCCAGAUGACUUGAGUUGUUGCGUACAUGUCUGGGAUAACAACAGAACAUUAGCAUUACCUGUGUCUUCAAUAAUAAAGGUUAUAUAAAGCCCAUUAGUUUUAUUGGACCUGGAA